AUGGCAGCACAUGUUUCCAGAACUUGGGUGCCAUGUUUCGCUGCUGUGCAGGUUCUCGAAGCGCUGCCCGACGAGGUGCUCGUCGAGGUGCUGCAGGGUUUCGAUGCAAGCAACACUCGUGACGGAAACGUCACGGGACGAUUCCUUGGCUACGUGCGAAGGAAGUGGGCGCAGCAUUAUGAGCUUGAAGAUGAUUGUAUCUUUACCAUGAAGCGGCUCCCAGAAGAGGGACAGAUCCUUUGCCUGACAACGUUUGACCCGUGGACAACUCGAGAUGGCAACAUAUCUGCUCGUCUCAGGAGUUUUCUUUGGAAAAUAGAGGCCCAGGUGACGGACAACGCUCGGUGGUGGGACAGCUCGUCCCGCUAUGACAAAUACUACGGCAAGAGUGGUUAUGAUCGCUACGAUGACUACAGUUAUGAUUAUGACGACGUGCAGCCGCGUGCAGACAGAGCCACCCGUGACGCCAUUUUGAAGUUUGUGGCGCGUUGGGAUCUGGACCUGGCAACCGGGGCUUACCUGGAGAGCUUGAAGGAUCCUGACGUGCUCGCACGAGUGCUCGAGGAGUUCGACCCCAGUGGAACGCAGGACGGAAAUGUCCUGGGCCGGCUCAAGGCUUUCGUGCGCCUCCUCAGCUCCCGGCGGAAGCGGGGUGAGCUGGUCCUUGAGGACAAGCGUGGCCGUGGCAGGAGAGAGAAGUGGCAGAAGAAGGUGGUCAAAAUGGAAGACGCGUCCAACUUCGAGUGA